AUGUGGAAUAAUUCAUCCAAUGGUCUCCCUUGUUACUUCCAACACUUUCCUUGCCUCGUGCCUAAAAGGAAGUGGGAUGAUUACACUGUGUCCAACACCUCCACAUUAUCAAUCAAGUCUCCGAGUCUAAUGCUUUACAAGACGGCUAGAGUUUCUCCUCUGGUGCUGACCCACUAUGGACUCUCUCUUGGCAAUGGACUCUACAAUGUGAGUCUUCACUUUGCUGAGAUCAUCUUCACUAAUGAUAUCACAAUUUCCAGUCUUGGCAAGCGUGUCUUCGAUAUUUAUGUUCAGGAGAAGUUGAUGAUCAAAAGCUUCACUAUUAAAGAAGCAGCUGGUGGGUCAGGGAAGCCGAUCGUAAAGACAUUUUUGGUAAAUGUAACAGAUCAUAAUCUGAAGAUCAGCUUGAGGUGGGCUGGAAAAGGGACAACUUCACUUCCACGUGCAGGAGUUUAUGGCCCUAUGAUCUUAGCUAUAUCAGUGGAACCCAAUUUUAAACGUCCAAUGUAUCAUGACAAGAAGAAAAUCCUACAAAAAGGAGGAAUAUUUGUUGAAGUAGUAUUCGUCGUUUUGCUCAUCGUAGUGAUUUUCUUCUUGAAAAGAAGGUGUGCCAAAAAUGUCGCGGACAAAGAGCUAAGAGGUUUAGAUCUUCAGAGUGGAAAUCUCACUCUCGAGCAUAUAAAGGUAGCCACUAAUAAUUUCGAUCUAGCAAACAAGAUUGGUGAAGGUGGAUUUGACCCUGUUUGCAAGGAUGCAUACAUUGUAAAAGAUCUCAAACUUGCUUUCCUCUUGGUGCAAGGUGUGUUACCAGACGGCAAAAUGAUUGCGGUUAAACAACUGUCUUCAACGUCCAGAAAAGGAAGCCGAGAGUUUUUGAAUGAAAUAGGGAUGAUCUCGUCUCUACGACAUCCAAAUCUUGUGAAACUAUACGGAUGUUGUGUUGAUAAGAAGCAAUUGAUGUUGGUCUAUGAGUAUUUGGAGAACAACUGUCUAUCUCGCGCACUAUUUGGAAAUAAUCAGUCGAGAAUGAAAUUAGACUGGUUAACGAGGAAGAAGAUUUGCUUGGGCAUAACUAGAGGGAUAACAUUUCUUCAUGAAGGGUCUGCGAUAAAGGUUGUACACAGAGAUAUAAAGACGAGCAACGUGUUGCUGGAUAAACAUCUCAAUUCUAAAAUCUCCGACUGUGGUCUGGCAAAGCUUGGAUAUGUGGCUCUCGAAUACUUGAUGACUGGUUUAUUGACUGAAAAGGCUGAUGUUUAUAGCUUUGGUGUCGUUGCCCUUGAAAUCGUCAGUGGAAGGUAUCCGAAGCAUCAAUGUAGAGACAUUCAAAGUGGAUGCUUACUAGAGCUAGUUGAUCCAAAUCUAGAUUCAAACUACUCAGAAAAUGAAGCAACGGUAAUGUUGAACAUGGCGCUCAUGUGCACUAAUAUGUCCUCGUUGUUGAGGCCGCAUAUGUCAGAGGUGGUGAAUAUGUUGUCGGACCCAAAUUUCUCAGUCAGAAACCCGGAACUUAAAGCCUUGAGGAAAGAUACUUGGCAGAGCGAGGCCUCCACAAGCGGAGUUUGUACCACUCAAUAUUAUGGCCCUGAGGAGUACAUAUUACAAUAUGAAAUAUCGGAAAUGGAAUUUGAGUUUGAGUAG